UAGCACUUUCCUCAAAAUAACUUAGCCCUCGGGCAAGUGAAAAUGCCUCCGGAUUCGAAAGAUCUGUCCUCCUCAAAGGAAAAAUCUCCUUCGUUUCAUAGAUUGCAUACUACAGAUUUAGAUAGAAUGAAGGGUAUUUAUCUUGGAGAAGAAGAGCUGAGGGGCUUUGACAAAUAUAAGUACAAAUCAGAAGAUACUUCACCUCUUUCAAAUUACAUAACUCAUCCAUUUUGGAAUUUCGUCGUUGAGCUUUUUCCCAGGUGGCUAGCACCAAAUGUGCUCACAUUCAGUGGCUGGUCUUUCCUGUUUAUGAUCUAUGCUGUGACUUGUUAUUACGACCCCCACUUUACAGCAGCUGGUGAAAAGGACAGGAGUAAACAAAUCCCAUCAGUAUGGUGGCUUGUCUUUGCUGUGUUACACUUUGGAGCUCACACUCUAGAUGGUUGUGAUGGUAAACAGGCUCGGAGAACUAACAGCAGUUCUCCUCUGGGUGAAUUGUUUGACCAUGGUCUGGACAGUUCAGCAGCAUUUCUUAUUCCCAUAAGUUUGUUUUCACUCUUUGGUCAUGGCCCUCACAGUGUCACUCUGUGGGAACUCUAUCCACUGAUGUUGGCCUGUUUGCUUGGAUUUUAUGUGGCUCACUGGGAAAAGUACAAUACUGGGACAUUAUUCUUACCAUGGACUUACGAUGCCAGUCAAAUAGCUAUUUCAUUUGUGUAUCUCCUAACAUUUUAUUAUGGAGUAGACAUGUGGAAAUUUGAAAUAAUAGAAGGUUUCCCUUUAUGCUUUGUAUUCCGUUUCACAGUUUAUGGAUCAUCAAUUGUACUCACUGUGGCAAUGACAUUGUACAAUAUGUACCAGGCUCACGUUUCUAAGACAGACCGAGGUCUUUCAUUAUUUGAAGGACUCCUCCCUCUUUUGUCAUUCUCUCUGAUGAUUUUCCUCUUCUACGCAUGGGCCAUUUUUUCUCCUGCCAACAUCCUUGAAAUUCAACCACGCCUAUUUUUUACAGCUACUGGAAUUGUCUUCUCUAAUGUGACGUGCCGACUGAUUGUGAGUACAAUGACCAGUCAGAGAUGCCAAGCUAUCAAUGCCAUGUUAUUUCCUCUGUUUGCCUUGACACUCAUUGUACCAUUUACCAAAUCAGUUGACAUGGAGGUUGGAAUUCUGGUUGUCUACACUGCAGUUGUAGCUUUGUGUCACCUACAUUAUGGAAUUGUCUUGGUUCGUGAACUGUGCAAUCACCUCAACAUCAGCUGUUUCUCUCUCACAAAAUGAAUGAAACAAAUUGGAAUGAAGAACUACCACCUUAUUAUACUAAAAAAAUUAUCUGAUUGUGUCUUCUCUCAGAGUCUUGCAUUUUCCCUGCAACAACUUGGUAGAUUUUUAUUCUCAGCUUGAUUAAAGCUGAAUUAUACUACUUUGUUUAACUGUAAAAAAUCUUGUGACAACAUGUGAGGUAGUUCAAAAUAUUUAUAAUAUUCCUAAUGUAGGGAUCUUAACACAGACAAGUUAACAUUAGAAGCUACAAUCCCCAACAAAGUGAUUGACACAUAAUAUUCACACUGCCACUUUUAAGGAAAUAUUAGAAAUGUAAAAUGAACUGCAGUUUGCUACAAUACCUCACCUUCCCAAUUUGAUAUUAGGGGAGGGGGUGGGUGGGUAAGUAAGGCUAUUAGCCUGAAAUAUAGUUGGUAUGGUGUUCCAGGGUAUGGUGAUCUGGAUGGCAAUGUGUCAACUAUUUUGUCGCAGAUUGUACCUUGCAUGUCUUGACAAAUCCAGGUUAAAGAGCCACGUAGACAGAAGCAGUAGAAGUAGAUCAACAGAUUGUUCUGUUAAAUUUUUCCUAAGAACAAACUCAAGGUUCUUGUUUCAUGUUUCUUGCACUUUUUCUCAUUGCUUUCAUGUAAACCUGUAAAGGACAUUCCCUUCAAAUCCUGAUACAGGUAUUUGUUACCCAGUGGGAUUGUGACAUUUCAAAGGCAGCAAAAAGCUUUCAAUUAUUGAAUCAUUCAUUUGCUUACAAAAUGCUUGAACAGAACAGAACAGAACAGGGUGCUAAACAUCGAACUAUUUCUAGCAGGAAAUAUUCAAAUAGUUAUUUUAAGGGAAAAUUAUUUCCAAAGCAUGGUGAAAUUUUAGAGACCCAAGUAACAUAGGUCCCGUCUCCUGCAGGGUUGGGCCAGGAGACUUUAAUUUCCCACACACGAGAUUACUGUGUGAUGGAUGUC